CAUCUAAAACAAAAAUGACCAUUUUAUGUGAUCAUAUGCCUUCUCCAUAUCCGAUUACAUCUUUUGAUCCGAUGACAUGAUUUUCAGAUGAUGCGUAGUAGAAACCAUAUAAAGAAAAUCUCCCAAAAUUUAUUUCCGCGAGGGAACAUCCAUAACUUUGAACAGUUAAUUACUUUUAUUGCCCAUUUGCUCUGCGGUAUAAGAAACGAGAAUAGACAAAUCCAUUUUUACUUUACUAUAAUUUAAGUAGAAUUAAGGAUAUUGCUUGGCUUUUAGAGGUAGAUACUAUUAUUACAUCCAAAGAUUGAAAUACCGUAUCGGAGGUCGUACUUAAAGUCGUUAGUGGUAGGUAUUUUAUGCUAAAACUGUGGUUUAAUCAUAUGAUUCGACCGUAUUAUACCGCUAAAUACCGCCUACCGAUUUUACUUCCGAUAAAAGAUUUUUCAGGUCGAAUCGCCGAUACGAUAUUUUAAUCCUUGAUUAUAUCUACAGUCACUAUGUCUCGUCUAUUUUAUACUUGAUCGGCAUUUAGAGAGAGAUAUUGGCAAUCCUUUGAAUCACCGAAAGGGUCAUUUGAAGUCACGUGUUUUCCCUCCACUACUCUUACCCGUCUUACCUGGGUUCUCGCUAAGCCAGCUAAGCUAUACCAUCAUUUUAAUUGACCUCUUUUAGAUGCAAGACUUUCGUGACAUUAAUUUCCCACCAUUUUUACACAUUUUUUUUUCCAUUUCAUUUCCUUUUCAUCAAAAGAACAGAAUAGGAAUGCAACUCAUAAGAGUUCACGAUAGACAAGUGAUCAUGAGAAACCAUGCAGAAUCAUGCGUAUAUCUUUUUUUAACUACAUACCUAACCCUAGCCACUAAUACGUUAUGUAAUGUUCCUUGCUGCUUCAACCAGGUUACAGAAAGAAAUGAGAUGUGUUCUGGCUUCUGAUUUUUGUCUCAUAAGUAUAACCCAAAUUAGCUUGCUAUAAUCAUCUACAAUGGUGAGAAGAUUGAUGAGUGCUUCAUACCGAUCCCUUCUGAGCUUGAUUCAGUUCCUAUGGCUGCAUUUGCCUGCAUGUGGUUUGGUUUACUUGUACCUCUUCCUCGAGGAGUCAUUCCAGAAGGACAGCCAUGCUUGUGAUAGCAUGUGUCUUCAGUAUGACCAUGCAUCUUGCAGUAUGCAAGACGAUCUUGAGCCAGGAGAUCUGCCUCUUCCCUAUCCAAGGUUGUCAAUCCGGUUUAACCUGUUGGCCUGGUCGAGCAAGUAAGUUAAGGGUUAAUGGGCUGACCAGUUUAGCCCGGUUCAGCUAGGUUAUAUGAAAAAUUCAUUAUAUUGUUCACUUUUAUAAAUUAUAUCAAAUCUCAAUUAACAUGUGAGUAAUAACAUAUAACAUUACACUAAAAUAACAUGUCGUACUUGGAUCUAAUAUUUAGUGAAAACACACACACUUAUAUAACAUAAAUAUUGAAAUAUUCAACUUAGAAUUCCAAAGAUAGGUUUAGGCGAAGAAGAAAACCGGAAAAUGGACACAUUUCACAAACAAAUGGAAAACGACACCGUGUGACCUCCUACCCGAUAACCUUGUAGAGGAUCGACUCGGUGGAUGUGUGUACGACCCAUUUUUCUCACCAGGUCAGGGUAAAAAGCGAGCCAAUCGAUGGUCGACCCGCGGGUUGAUAACCUUGGCCCUACCUCUUCCUCCAGUGCUAGAAGCAUGGUUGUAAUUCCAUUCAACCAUUUGUUGAUUUAGAAAUUUCAUGCCUAAGGACUAUAAAGCCAUGGCAAGGGACUCGACCACUUUUUGUCUUGUUGAUUUCCAGUCAUCUAUCUCUCAUUUUUUUCUAUAGCAAUUCUUUGUGUAUAUAAUAUAAGACCGGAUAUUCAGGCAAUCUGUCUUGAUUAUUUUGUUUCAUUAUUUUGUAUAGUAUAAUACAACACUUCACUUUAGUAGAUUUUGACUGAUUUAUCGUAUUUUAUCAUAUUUCUCUUUUUUAGCCAUCUUAUAAAAAAAUUGAUUCAUCAUAGGCAAUGAUUUUGUGAACAGAACUUGAGAUCUAGGUAUCGAGUAGUUUUCAUUUAACCUCUUAAGAAAAUGAACAAUCAGGUAGGUUUCUAAAUGAGGUCUAACAGUUUUACUGGCUUCACAAUCACUAUGACUUGUAGUAGUACAAAGACAAGAUGGAAUGGAUUGAUAAUAUUUUAGUUCCUCUGAAAUAGUGCAGAGAUGUGUAUGAUAUCCAGACAGGGUUCUGUUACCUUGUUUCGAGGUACACAAUUGCUCUUGGAGUUCAACAAUACGAAUUAAAUCUCCUUGAGCAUAUCAAAGCUUCAGGGUUUUUCAUACCUUAGCUGCAGAUUGAAUGCUUCUCAUGCUCUUGCCAAUUACCUCAUCGACUCACUAGAGAAUCCAUCUUUUGACCAUCAUGUUGCAACUAGUCCAAGGCCAGGUCAUCGCAUCUCCCACUAUUGGCUUUGGGAUGCUUCCAUUAAAGAAACCCAGCUUGUUCUUUGAAGCAAGCGCAUCGAUCAUGGUUGCACUCUAGUCAUUGUAAUUGGAUGGAGUAAGCUUCCAUGAUACCAGAAUCUGACAAGGUUCCUCAGAUCCAUUAAGGUAGUAUGGAUCUACAAGUGGGUAGCCUGUGACAAAUUUGGUUCCGCUUCCUAAGGUUUGAGUUCCUUCUGCCAUUGUUGACGAGAUUGGUAGAUUUUAGAGAUUGAAAGAAAGAGUAAGAAAAGGAGAGAAGGAUGAAAGUGGGAGUGAUAACACUCGAAUUGGUGUUAUUUGGAUCCCAUAUUUAGCUUUUCUUUGAGUCAUUUUAUGUACUUCGUUGCCAAUAUGUUAUCAAAUAUACCAUUGAUUCUUUUGUAUGAGAAAAUAUCGGUAUUCUAGGGUGUAUUAGAUUAUAUGUACGAUUUAGGUACCAGAAGUGUGUACAAGUGUAGAGCUAUGGACAAAAAUCGAGAGAUCAUGGCCAAAGGCAAGAAGAUAUUGUUCACGAAGAGACGACAUGAACUAGAGCUACAAGAUCACGGCCUCUUCAUUGAAGAUCACGACCACGAAAAAGGAGGCUUCAUGCGCGAUUUUUUGGAGCAGCCAACAAGGAAGAAAAAGAAAGUUUUAAUAGUGGACUCGCGACUUUCUACAUCAGAGCCCGCAAUAAAGAUCGCGUUUGUGA